AUGUCCCGCAAACGUCUGCACACGUCUGAUUCCAAACUGACAGCGAGGUCGACAAAACCCUCUGUUGAUAAUCUCUCUGGAAUGUGUUCUGAUCAUGUUCUAGAAAUCUUGAAUUUGUACUGUCGAACUUGUGAUAUAUUGGUAUGCACUGACUGUGUCCUCAAGAAGCACAAGUCUCACGAUUGGUGCAAAAUCAGAGACAUUUCAGACGAGAAACGCGCCUCUUUCUCCAAGAACUUGAAGCAGAUCCAUGAGAAGACACUUCCCAAAAUGAACACCACCCUGCAAGAUGUUGAAUACAUCUCUAAAGAAAAUCAAAAGAAGAAAACUGAAACGCUGCGAAAUAUCGAAAAGCAAAGCACGGCCAUCUUAUCAAGCGUUAGGAAAAUAGAGACAAAACUCAAAGAGGCCGUGGAACAAAGUUUUCAUUCUUAUAUAGAGGCCGAGAAGGAACUUCGUGAGGACUUCCGGAAUAUGUCCGGACUCUCCAAAGAAUGCGAAAAAAUAUCACAAAGAGGAAGCGAUUCUGACGUGAUCACGGCGAAUGGUCAGCUAGAGAAGUACAUCAAACAAGCUAACGAUCUGGACGUUGAAUCAUACAGAAGUGUUUCCUCCUUUCAGACAGGAGACGUAGAGGACGACGUGAUAGAGAGGAUGUUUGGUAGUGUCAAUCUCGCGAGAAGACGAGGUCGCUCCACUUCCGAUUAUAUUCCAAAAAUUGUCAUCAAAGAGAGGAGAGUACUUUCAUACACCAAAAUACAGGAUGAUAUAAGCUCUAUAUGUUCACUCGGAAAUCGCAUCUGGCUUCACCCUCGAGGUUCCACCGAGAAUUUUGCUCUGGAUCAUGAAGGAAAUAUUGUAAAUACGAAAGACUUCGGUGUAGUGGCUUCGUGUACUUUUGCCAGAUCACAGGACGGAUGUCUCUUGUGUGUGGAUUUCGUUGGGAAGGUAAUUUUUAAACUCUCCAGAGAUGGAAAGUUCUCAAAAGUUAUCAACACAAGUCCUCUAAAACCUACGUCCGUCUGCAUGACCAGAGAGGGUCAAUACCUAGCGUGUUUGGAAGAUAGCGCGGUAAACGGUCAGUCCAAAACCCGAGUAUUUAGACUUUCUAUCAGUGGGCGCAUUGUUCAAAGCAUCGGGUCUAGGUUAUUUACCAUUCCAAGAAAAGUGACAGAGAACGCCAACACCGACAUAUGUGUGAUCGACAAAAUGCACGACCAACACAGUCGUCUGUGUGUCCUCUCCUCGGCUGGGAUUCUAAAGUUUCAGUACUCUUCCAUGUCUCCGUGGGAUGUUUGUUGCGAUCAAUAUUCCCACAUCAUCGCGAUUAGUCGCCUUGGAGUUGACGUCCAAAUUCUCGACAAGAAUGGACUUCUCUUACAAGUGUUUUCAGCUGCAGAUACUGCUAUAAGUGCACUGUCUAUCAGCAUGGACGUCGAUACAAUCUGGGUAGCUGGUACCAAAGGGUGUGUAGCCAAAGUCGGAUUAAUAUACCACUGA